UCCUAGAGAGAGAAACAGAAGAAGGCAAAGAGGAGAAAGACGAAGAAGGAAGGAGAUAGAUAACGAUAUUAGGAAACCCUAGGAGGAGAAAGAGAAUCAGAAUAACUUGUUGUAGAGAGGGAAACAGAGAGGAGAGAGAGAGUUUCUUCUUCUUCUUCUUCUUCUUCUUCUGUUCUUCCUCUUCUUCUUGCUGAUCUGAUUUCGGAGAAGAAAAUCCAACGCGGUUCGCUUUUCUGCUUCAGAUUCUUGUCGGAGAGGGAUAUCGGAUUGCCGUUCGGUUGAGACGGCGGGCUUGUUGUUGGGCAGGGCGGGGAGUUUUAGGGAGAUCCGGAGGCGGCGACGGUUGAUUUUGGGAGUUUUUGUUAGGGUUUGUGAGGAGGAAGGUUUUUGAUUGGGGGGCGGGGCCGUGGCUGCCCAUGCGAUUGUGUUUGUUUUGAUGCCGCCUGAACGAUUGCCUUGGGAUCGGAAGGACUUCUUCAGGGAGAGGAAGUACGAGAGGUCGGAGUCCGUUGGCUCCGUCGCCAGAUGGAGGGACUCAUCCCAUCACGGUUCCCGCGACCUCAAUCGCUGGGGAUCUGCAGAUUUUCGGAGACCUUUAGGUCAUGGUAAGCAGGGUGGUUGGCACUUUUUCCCUGAGGAGUCUGGCCAUGGGUAUGCACCUUCUCGGUGCAGUGAGAAGGUGCUGGAAGAUGAGAACUACCGGUCUUCUAUUUCGCGCCGGGAAGGGAAAUAUGGCAGGAAUAGUAGAGAAAAUAGAGGGUCUUACAACCAAAGAGAAUGGAGAGGUCACUCUUGGGAAAGCAAUGGGUUUUCAAACACGCCAGGAAGAGCACACGAUCUGAACAAUGAACUAAAGUCACGUGAUGAAAUGCCAGCAUAUUCGUCUCAUUCGAAUGGUGGCUUUGGGAACACGUGGGAUCAGAUUCAGUUGAAAGACCAACAUGAUAGAAUCGGUGGCUCUAAUGGGUUGGUCACAGGCCAGAAAUGUGACAGGGAGAAUUCUCUGGGCUUGAAUGAUUGGAAGCCUAUCAAGUGGACUCGAUCUGGAAGCUUGUCUUCACGAGGUUCGGGUUUCAGCCAUUUGAGUAGCUCUAAGAGUGUUGGGGCUAUAGAUUUAAGUGAAGCAAAGGUUGAAUCUCAGACUAAAAAUGUUACUCCAGUCCAGUCUCCCUUGGGGGAUGCUAAUGCUUGUGUGACAUCCGCCGCACCUUCGGAUGAGACAAAUUCUCGGAAGAAACCACGCCUUGGAUGGGGUGAGGGGUUGGCAAAGUAUGAGAAAAAGAAAGUCGAUGGUCCUGAGGUUAUCUUGAACAAAGAUGAGACUGUAUUUGCUGUCAGCAAUGUGGAACCUUCCCAUUCUUUCAGUUCCAAUUUGGUUGAUAAAAGUCCACGAGUUACAAGUUUUUCAGAUUGUGCAUCCCCUGCUACUCCAUCAUCUGUUGCUUGCAGUUCCUCACCAGGUGUUGAGGAGAAGUCAUUUGGUAAGGCAGCGAAUAGCGAUAAUGAUAUUAGUAAUUUAUGUGGCUCACCUGGUCCUGUGGCUCAGAACCCUUGUGAAGGAUCCCCCUUUAAUUUAGAGAAAUUGGAUUUUAGCUCAGUGGCUAACUUGGGGCCAUCAUUAACUGAGUUGCUACAAUUAGAUGAUCCGAAUUCAAUGGACUCUAGUUUUGUGAGGUCUACUGCAAUGAAUAAGUUGCUUAUAUUGAAGGGUGAAAUUUCAAAGACACUGGAGGUGACUGAAUCUGAAAUUGAUUCACUUGAAAAUGAACUCAAGUCAUUGAACUCCAUUCCUCGAAGCAGUUCUCCAUCAGCUUCCAGUUCUUUGCCUCUGGAGAACAAAUUAAAAUCAAGCGAGGAUCUAGAUAUUACCAAUUCGGUUCCUCGUCCGGCUUUAUUGCAUAUUGUUUCUUCCAGGGAUGCAGUUGUGGAGGAGAUACCUAUUUGCAAUGGCCGCGAGGAAGAAAUUCGCACAAAUAAUAAAGACGAGGAUGUUGAUAGUCCUGGAACUGUGACGUCGAAGUUUGUUGAGCCUCUGUCUUUGGCAAAGAAAGUUUCUUCUUUUGACAUGUUGAAUCAUGUUGCAGAGGACUUGAAUCACAAUCAGUUGUUGAACAAGGAGGUGCAAUGCGCAGUGCAUUCGGGAGGGGGAAAAACUGGUCCUUCCACUUAUGCGGAUGAUGGUAUUCUGACAGAGGUUGAAACAAUUGCACCUAUCUCCAAUUGUAUGGGUUCAUGUACUGAAGGAGAAGAUAUGUUGCAUGGCGCAAUUUUGUUGUGCAAUAAAGAAUUAGCAAAAACAGCACAUGAAGUAUUUAAGAAGCUAUUGCCGAAAGUUGAUGUUAAAUUAGAUUUUUGUAGAUUUGAUAGUGCCUCGUCCUCACAGCAUCAUACACUUGUUAAAGACAAAUUUGCAAUGAGGAAGCGGUUUUUAAAGUUUAAGGAGAGAGUUAUAACCAUGAAGUUCAAAGCCUUUCAACACCUCUGGAAGGAAGACAUGCGUUUGCUAUCUAUAAGGAAAUACCGUGCCAAAUCACAGAAAAAAUUUGAAUUAAGCUUGCGGUCAGUGCAUAAUGGGUAUCAGAAGCAUCGAUCUUCCAUCCGUUCUCGUUUUUCUUCACCUGGUAAGCAAUGGCCUCUUCUUUCCUUUUUAUUUAUUCAUUAAAAAAAAAUAGUUAUAGGUAGUUUUGAUUUUGUUAUCUCGGUAAUAUAAUCAGAAUGUAAUGUUC